UUGGCUCAAAUUGUACACUGCCGCUGUCAAGGUUGUGCGUCCCGUCAGCGUGUGUUACAAGGAGGUUUUACCUGCACAGUUAUUUGGAAAAUGGCGAGCUGGUGUGUCCGAGCAGUGAGACAGAGCUACUCACUAGUAGCUUCGCCUGCGCUAAUACGGGCGUCUCCACGGUUGUUAUGUACAGCCACGCAGCAGAAGAAUGGCCACGGGUCAGAGGAGGAGGCUGAGAAGCCAGAACAGAGUGGAGCAGAGAAAGUCCUGAUGGAGGAGAAGACCCAGCUGGAGGAGCAGCUCAAGGACAUGACAGAAAAGUACAAGCGGGCCUUAGCUGACACGGAGAACCUCAGGACGCGGAGUCAGAAGAUGAUAGAGGAUGCUAAAUUAUAUGGGAUUCAGGGCUUCUGUAAGGACCUGCUGGAGGUGGCCGACAUCUUAGAGAAGGCGACGGAGAGCGUUCCCAAGGAGGAGGUGACGAGCCAGAAUCCUCAUCUGAAGAACCUGUACGACGGCCUGGUGAUGACCGAGGUCCAGAUCCAGAAGGUGUUUACCAAGCACGGCCUGGUCAAGCUCAACCCUGACGGCCAGAAGUUCGACCCCUACGAGCACGAGGCCCUCUUCCACGCCCCUGUGGAGGGCAAGGAGCCUGGCACUGUCGCCAUAGUAACCAAAGUGGGCUACAAGCUUCACGGUCGCACCCUCAGGCCAGCGUUGGUGGGUGUGGCCAAAGCCCCCUAGAAAUAAUGGUGAAACUGUGACAAAGUGGGAUUUGUUUUGUUGCCUGGGCGAUGGAUGACCUCAGGUACAGCAGACUGGUCGAGGCACCCUUCCACCCUCUUCCCACACUACCCCUCCACCCUAAGGUGCCUCAAAGAGACGGGAAUCCAGCUGAACUGAACUUUGUAUCUGGACAAUAUUCAUCAGUUUUUAACAGAUACAUAAACACUUUGUCUGGCACAGGACAGUCUUUACAGUAAAACGUCAGUUUGUCAUCAGUCAUGUGAUUCAUUUCAGUCAUUGUCAGAGCUUGAUUUAAAAAAAACGCACCAGGUCGCAGACAGGCUUUCAUGUCUCCUCCCACUGCCAUAAAUCUGAACUGGAAGAGAAAGAGUAGAAAAUAUAUUUCAUUGACUAAAAAAAGUUUAACAAAUGAUCAUAAACCCCUCUAAUUUCAAGACUAUUGGUGAGAGAUGGUGUAAAGUACACACACAGAGUGAAUGCUGAUUGUGAACUGCUGGUAUCAUUCCAGACUUCUGUUUAAAGCCCUAAUAAUCUUGAACUGGAGUCAUUGUUGUCUUUCCUUGUUCAAUUCAUUCUGUGAAUAAAGGCAGCACUUGAGGAUCUGAAGAAAGGUUGAGAUUUUCCCCUGUGCUGAGCUGGUCUUUCCAAAGACCUCUUUCUCUGGUUCCUUUGGAGGUGAUUAGGCUCUGGUAAACAGGCCUCAGUCACAGUAAUGUCCCUGUGCCACACUUUGGCUCAGUAGUGUUGGACAGCGAUGUAACUGCUUUAUCUGUAAACCAUUAGAAUAAUGAUGGACCUUUGUCCAAACUGUCACAGCAUCAGAAUAAACUUGUCAACUUUGUAA